AAUGAAGAAGGAUUCCAACAUCCUCAAUCCACUUUUCAUGCUGUUCAUGUACCUUAUGCUCGAAAGGUUGAUUCGUUUGGAACAAGAACAUCUCCACAAAGGACAAAUUCUGUUCCCAGCCCCAAUUCACCUGCAAGAAACGGAGGAAAUGACAUAAUAUCAAUAAGCUCGCAAGAAUCUCCAGAGGUUGUUUUUCUGAAGGAAAUCAGAGGCGGCGAAAUUAACAACUCGCAUGAUAGUUAUGAUGAUGUUUACAUUGGAAAACAUCGGCUAAGCCCAGUCAGGAGGCAUACAUCUGAGACCAUUGAUGCAAUGUAUGACAACGACAACCUAUCUAACCAGAAAUCCCAAGCAAGCUCCUCAUCAAUAUUGCCACCAAGGCGUAUAGUAAUGCCAAGCAUAUGUUUCAUCUCCUUACGAUGAAAACAUAUCAAGUUAUGAACAAGAUCAAGAUCAAAAAAAGCACUAUCAAGCAAUUAUCCGUCUCGCAAAUAUGGAUGGUUACAAGCAGUAAGUAGAGACCAAUAUACCAUUUCCGUCUUUUCUUUUCACAUAUUAUUUAGUUGUUGAACAUUCUAUUUUUUCCUUACAUAUUUUUCUUAUACUAUCUAAAACAGUAAGAUGGCUAUACAAAUUGGUAACUGUAAGGUCAGUCUAGAAACUUUUGGGAAUUCUUUCAAACCAGGAGGAACUGUUGAAGCUUGGGUCAUAAACUUGUAUUGUCGUAUCCUAUUCUUGUCUAACCACCCAAAGACCUCAAACAGACACACAUUCUUCCAUACAUCAAGUGAAUAUUUUCUUGAAAAAUGGGAGAAUGAAUCAAGAAGAUUGUACAUGAAAGAUCAAGCCAUAAAAGCUUUUGAAGGUGCUGGAAAAGUAAGGAAACUACACUUGACAGAUUCGUUGCACUUCCCAUCCCUGUACAACUACCACUGGUUCCUAUUCACUGUUGACAUAAGGGACAAAAAGUUCAUCUUUAUGGACUCACUUUUUGACAAGAAUUCAGAUUUACACCAGGAAGUUGAUAAUCGAAUGAUUAUGAACUUUGGAAGAACUUGGAGUGAAUGCCGCUUGAAAGACAUUAACUUCCAAGAUUUUGAAGUCAUCUACCCACCUGUUCCAAAGCAAAAAAAUGGGAAAGACUGCAGAAUACACUUGAUGAAAAGUAUCGAACUAUUUAAGCCAAGAACUAGUUUGAUGGGAAAAUUCUCACACAAAGAUAUUCCAGAUUUUCGAAUUCAGAUGGAAAAUGAGAUGAUGUUCUGCGAACACAACGAGAUGCAUGAAAUCCAGGAAGCCGUGAUGACAUUUAAACCUCAUGUUCAUGGCACAUAUGCAAGGAUGGGGUGACAAAGAAAUCAAGUUCUCCUGUGUAUUUGGCAUUAGUAGUUCCAAGUUUAUUUUAUUUUUUAUGUAAAGAGAGUUUUUGCGUCGAGCUCACUGAUAGAUUUUGAGGGCCAAAUCGAAGAUAUAGUUUUUGGCUAAAUGCACAACCACUAUGUGCUAUAGUUUCAAGGUUUAUGAGUUGACACAACCCCAUCUGCUGAUGUUAUGUUCUGGGCAGCAUACAAUCGUUCUUUCAGUUAUAUCUGUUGCACACUACAUCUAUGUGUGUUCAUAUAUGUUCAUAAUAUAUAUAUGGAGUUGAUCUUUUCUAUAA